UUUUGUAUUACAAUUCAAAUUAACCAAAUGAAAGAAUGUCAAUAAAUGAAAUAACCAUUUCCAACAACAAACAUUUGAACUACAAUGCACCUUAAUUAAAAUUUAAAACUAACCUGUCUACUACAAAUGAAAUAUUUACCACAUAACCUAUCUGAUAUCAUUUCCCAGUCCCUUUUCGUUCUGGCCAUUCCAUUUCGCUCUGCGCAGCUACUCCAGCCCUCUUCCAUUCAGCGCGACACUCCACUGCUCCAAUUAGGAAGGGAUGAUUGCAAAGAUCCAAAAUAUCACCCCUAUGAAGAGAAGAAAGAAAAUCACUGCCGUCUUUGCAGCAUGUGCAUACUGCAUAUGGAGAAGUAGGAAUCAAAAGCUGCACAAGAAUAUUUUCGUCUCAACAGAGGAAGCAUUUCACUAGAUAAAGGGUCAUGUUAGCACCUUCAUGCGGUCAAGACGAUCAGAAGUAGGAGGAUAAGAUGGAUGCUUGAAGUAUUACAAUUUACUGUAUUCUGUUUAUGAUGUAGUAGGCUUGGAAUAGAGUACUCUUGUAGCUGGUUUGAAUAUUGGAAGAUGAAUAAAAUUUCUGCUUUCGG